UUCCUGCGCGGUGGCGUGUGACGUAAUUUGCUGCGGUGGGAGCUGGAGCUCAGGCGGUUAGCUUUUCCGUUCGCGUUCGGUGUGCGUUACCUCUCGGCCGUUUGUAAGGUCACGGUACGUGCCCUUGUGUUAGUGCUUUGAGGAGGAGAAAUCAACUGGUCGUCCGGAAACCUUUAUCCCCAGCCCAUCACUCCGUUUUUCGACAUGAGCGUGGAGGCGUACGGGCCGAGUUCGCAGACGCUCACCUUUCUGGACACGGAGGAGGUUGAGCUGCUCGGGGCCGACACGCAAGGCUCCGAGUUUGAGUUUAAUGACUUCACGUUGCCUAGCCAGACGCAGACCCAGGGACAAUCCCAGAACCAGCUGGAUGGGCAGGUUAAUGGUCCUGAUGGCAUACUUCAAAAUGGUACAGUUGAUGAUGGAGUGGGUAAAACCAGCCAGUUACUGGGUGAACUCAACUUUGAAGAAGAUGAAGAGGAUACCUAUUAUACAAAGGACCUCCCAGUGCAUGCCUGCAGCUAUUGUGGAAUCCAUGACCCAGCCUGCGUAGUCUAUUGUAACACCAGCAAGAAGUGGUUCUGCAAUGGACGUGGAAAUACUUCUGGCAGCCAUAUUGUGAAUCACCUUGUCAGAGCCAAGUGUAAGGAGGUAACCCUACACAAGGAUGGGCCUCUGGGAGAAACCGUGUUGGAAUGUUACAACUGUGGAUGUCGGAAUGUGUUUCUCCUUGGAUUUAUACCUGCUAAGGCUGACUCUGUAGUUGUGCUGCUUUGCAGGCAACCAUGUGCCAGCCAGAGCAGUUUGAAGGAUAUCAACUGGGACAGCUCUCAGUGGCAACCUCUGAUUCAGGACCGUUGCUUCCUUUCUUGGCUGGUUAAGAUCCCAUCUGAGCAGGAGCAAUUAAGAGCUCGCCAAAUUACAGCCCAGCAAAUCAAUAAACUGGAGGAACUAUGGAAGGAAAAUCCUUCUGCUACGUUAGAAGAUCUGGAAAAGCCUGGUGUCGAUGAAGAGCCCCAGCAUGUUCUCCUUCGAUAUGAAGAUGCUUAUCAGUAUCAAAAUAUAUUUGGACCACUUGUGAAGCUCGAGGCUGAUUAUGACAAGAAGCUGAAAGAAUCUCAGACCCAAGAUAACAUCACAGUCCGUUGGGACUUGGGCUUGAACAAAAAAAGAAUUGCAUACUUCACCCUGCCAAAGACGGACUCAGAUAUGCGCCUAAUGCAGGGGGAUGAGAUAUGCCUCAGAUACAAAGGAGACAUGGCACCUUUAUGGAAAGGCAUUGGUCAUGUCAUCAAAGUCCCAGAUAAUUACGGUGAUGAAAUUGCUAUUGAGUUGAGAAGUAGUGUUGGUGCACCGGUGGAGGUUACACACAACUUCCAGGUAGAUUUCGUGUGGAAGUCAACUUCAUUUGACAGAAUGCAGAGUGCUUUGAAGACGUUUGCAGUGGAUGAAACCUCUGUAUCUGGCUACAUCUACCAUAAGCUUCUGGGGCAUGAAGUGGAAGAUGUGAUUAUCAAAUGUCAGCUUCCAAAGAGAUUUACAGCGCAAGGACUUCCAGAUCUCAAUCAUUCUCAAGUUUAUGCAGUCAAGACUGUUCUGCAACGUCCUCUCAGUCUGAUUCAGGGACCCCCUGGAACUGGUAAAACGGUCACCUCUGCUACCAUAGUGUACCAUCUGGCAAGACAAGGAAAUGGCCCUGUGUUGGUGUGUGCUCCUAGCAAUAUUGCAGUGGAUCAAUUGACUGAGAAAAUCCACCAGACAGGGCUCAAAGUGGUCCGUCUGUGUGCUAAGAGCCGAGAAGCCAUCGACUCCCCUGUGUCCUUCUUGGCCUUACACAACCAAAUUCGCAACAUGGAAAGUAUGCCUGAGCUUCAAAAGUUGCAGCAACUAAAAGAUGAAACUGGAGAGUUAUCGUCUGCUGAUGAGAAACGCUACCGUGCUCUAAAGAGAACAGCUGAACGGGAACUACUUAUGAAUGCUGAUGUGAUUUGCUGCACAUGCGUUGGGGCGGGUGAUCCUAGACUCGCAAAAAUGCAGUUCCGUUCAAUCCUCAUUGAUGAGAGUACCCAAGCCACUGAGCCAGAGUGUAUGGUACCAGUUGUCCUGGGAGCAAAACAACUUAUUUUGGUGGGUGACCACUGCCAGCUUGGGCCAGUUGUGAUGUGUAAGAAAGCAGCCAAGGCUGGACUCUCCCAGUCUUUGUUUGAAAGACUUGUGGUCCUGGGAAUCAGGCCUAUUCGCCUGCAAGUCCAGUACAGAAUGCAUCCAGCGCUGAGUGCGUUUCCAUCCAAUAUAUUCUAUGAAGGGUCUCUUCAGAACGGUGUUACCGCAGCGGACCGUGUGAAGAAAGGCUUUGACUUCCAGUGGCCCCAGCCAGACAAACCAAUGUUCUUUUAUGUGACACAGGGGCAAGAAGAAAUUGCUAGCUCUGGCACCUCCUACCUUAACAGGACGGAAGCAGCUAAUGUCGAGAAGAUCACUACAAAGCUGCUUAAGGCUGGUGCUAAACCUGACCAAAUUGGCAUAAUAACUCCUUAUGAAGGCCAGCGUUCCUACCUGGUUCAGUACAUGCAAUUUAGUGGCUCCCUACACACAAAGCUUUACCAGGAAGUGGAAAUUGCCAGUGUGGAUGCCUUUCAGGGUAGAGAGAAGGACUUCAUAAUUCUUUCCUGUGUAAGAGCAAACGAGCAUCAAGGAAUUGGUUUCUUAAAUGAUCCUCGUCGUCUCAAUGUGGCGUUGACAAGAGCAAGGUAUGGAGUCAUCAUUGUGGGCAACCCGAAAGCUCUGUCCAAGCAGCCCCUUUGGAACCAUCUGCUGAACUACUACAAGGAGCAGAAAGUCCUUGUAGAGGGACCAUUGAAUAACCUUCGGGAAAGCCUCAUGCAAUUCAGCAAGCCUCGCAAACUUGUCAACACCAUUAACCCUGGUGCCCGUUUUAUGACAACUGCCAUGUACGAUGCUCGUGAAGCCAUCAUUCCAGGGUCUGUUUAUGACAGGAGCAAUCAAGGACGACCCUCCAAUAUGUACUUUCAAACACAUGAUCAGAUUGGCAUGAUCAGCUCUGGACCCAGUCAUGUUACUGCCAUGAACAUUCCCAUACCGUUCAAUCUUGUCAUGCCCCCAAUGCCCCCACCAGGGUAUUUUGGACAAGCCAAUGGACCAGCUGCAGGACGUGGCAUGCCCAAAGGAAAAAUGACCCGUGGACGACAGAAACAGCGUGGCAUUGGACCUCAAGGCAUGAGCCAAGGAAACAUGCCGAAUAGCCAGGCCAGCCAGGAUGUUGUAUCCCAACCUUUUUCUCAAGGGCCUCUAACUCAGGGUUACAUAUCCAUGAGCCAACCAUCGCAGAUGAGCCAGCCAGGACUUUCCCAACCAGAAUUAUCACAGGAUAGCUACCUUGGUGAUGAAUUUAAAUCUCAGAUUGAUGUUGCGUUAUCUCAAGACUCAACUUACCAGGGAGAGCGUGCAUAUCAACAUGGAGGCGUGACUGGGCUGUCACAGUACUAGUGUGUUGAAGACGAGCUAAGCCUGUGUGGAACUUAGUUCAUCCACAUUUUAUUCUGAGUAAAAAAUAAAUAAAAUGGAUACCUGUUUUCCACUGCUAAAACUGAAGCACCACUGUGAGAGCAACAGGAGAGAGAGGAACGAGAGAGGGAUAACAAAAACCACAAAAA